AUGAUUCCCAGCACGGUUUCUGAAAGGAAAAACUGUGAGGAUUCAGAAAAUGUACUUGGAUUUGAGAUGCGACUAGGAAAUUGGCGAGUUAGGGGCAAUGAUGACACAAGUGAUCAUGAGGCUGACUCAAUCAACAACUCAUCAUAUCAGAAUGGAAACUUUCAGAGGGACACUCAUGAUUCUACUGACCCUACUGACAGCAAUACUUCCAAAAGAUGCAACAGCAACCUAAGAGGUAUUAGAAAUGUCUCCAAUCAACAGCAGAAACCUCGAAAUGGAGCUGGUGUCAAUCCUAAACCAACCCCAAGAGUAUCUAUGGUAUUCUCAAAUGAUGACAUCGGUGCAGACUUCUUUAUUGAGGAUGAGGAACCAGAUGAUCCUGAAACUGAUCUUCAAGAGGACAUUGUGACAGAAAAUCCAAUUCCUUCACCUCGAUCAACCACUCCAGCACAAGAAACUUUAUCUACUGCAUCCAAACGAACUCGCAAAGACCUUCCAAGAGAUAAUACCAGGAAACGAGUGACCCAUACUGUAAGGUGGAAGCGUAACAUAUGCAAAGGAAGCUUCAACAGUGGCUCCUCAUAUACAAAUGCAAAAGGAAAAGAGAAACCCGCCAGAUCUAUAAAACCUCCAUGUUCAGAAAAGUGUAAUAGGUGUGAAAGAAAACUAACAAAUGAUGAGAGACAAAAUAUAUUUGAAAACUUUUGGGCUCUGGAGAGUAUUGAAAGGAAACGAGACUAUAUAACUCGUCUUGUUGAUGAAAGAGUCCCAGCCACACGCUCAACUUCACCAGAAUGUGCACGCAAAACAGUCCGAAGUUAUCAUUUUGUUAUUGAUGAUCGUGAAGAAGUGCGUGUCUGCAAAACCAUGUUCAUCAAUACACUUGGCCUUCCAGAUGUUUGGGUUGAAACCUCAUUGAAGAAAGUGGGCCCAAAUGGUCUCGUUCCUGAUCAGAGAGGUAAACAUAAUAACCGCCCAACCAAAAUUUCUGAAGAAACUAUAGAAUCAGUUCGCACUCACAUUAAUCUGUUUCCAAGAGUUGCGUCCCACUACACUAGAGAAAGGACCAAAAGAGAGUAUUUGGAAACAAAUGUGCACAGCAUUGAAAGAAUGUUCAAGCUAUACAAGGAGUGGGCUGGUGAAAAUAAUGUUGAGACUCCUGCUACAAUUUCUACAUACAGAAAUAUAUUUAAUACCCAGUUCAACUUAGGAUUUUUCUUACCAAAGAAAGAUCAGUGUGAACUGUGCAAUAAAUGGAAGACUGCCACACCAGAAGAACGAAAAGGCAUAGUGCAGCAAUAUGGAGUCCACCUGACCAAUAAGAGAGACGUAAGGAAGAUGCAUAUCAGAGAUGUCCAACGUUACAAGGAUGGUGUUCAGAAAUUGGGUGGUCAAGCAGAUGAUACCGAACUUCAGCGUUAUUUUCAGGCGACAAGAAACCACCAUGGUAAAACAAAGGCAUAA